AUGGACACACCCGCGAGCACUCCGCCCCGGGCCGGGAGCGCGGCCGCCGGGGAUCCCUCGGGUCCGGGGAGCAGCGCCGGGUGCCCGGCCCGGGGCGCCCCGCCUCCCCCACCCUCCACCCCCGCCCACUCGGGCGCCCGUGAUUGGCUCCGCCCGCCCCUGGCUGCGCGCCGAAGCCCGCCUCCCUCGCAGCUAAAGCAGACUGUACCCGGAGCGGAGCGAGCCAGAAGGGAGCAUGGUCCCCGCGCCGCGGCCGCGCCAGCCCCCGCGCCGCCGCCGCCGUCCCCGCCGCCGCGGAUCUUGCUGCAGCUCCAGCCCCGGCCCCCGCUCCGCAGCGCCUGCCCGCAGCCCCGGCGGCCGCCGCGCCUGAGCGCAGCCCCCGCCCGGAGCCCGAGCCCCGAGCCCGGAGCCAGCCUAGCCCCGCGGCCGCCGCGGCUGCGGGGAGAGGGCGGGGGCGAUGCUGCCGGAGCCGCCGCCGCCGCCGCCGCCUCGGCGGCGGCGGAGGAGGAGGAGGAGAAGGAAAAGGGGGAGAAGGCGGAGAGCAGGAACGCGAGGAGGUGGACCUGGAUCCGUUUCUCCCGGCCAGGACCCGAGCGGCCCCAGCUACCACUACCCGCCGGCGCCGUCCGCUAUCCAUCAGCCUUCCUGCGCCCACCCGCGACCCCCGGCUCUCUGUGCGUUGGGCCAGGUCCAGAGCGGCGCGGCCGGAGGUAA